UGGAACUACAGUGGUUCCAGCGCUGAUUGGUCAGACUCACGGCAAGUCGUGCGCAACAACUAACAACGCAGUUUCACAGCCGGUCGCGUACAAACAAGCCGGUCGCGAACUGUGUAAAAUAUAUAACAAUCACACACACACACACACAUAUAUAUUUAUUUGUGACAUCAAUUUCUGUCAGUCACACAACGCCAAUAAAAUGAAAAUUAGCAAUCGUGGAAAAAUAAUGCGACGCUCCUUGGAGUGAUAAACAGAAUAACUUUUAUUCCGACGUUGUCGCUUACAGAAUAUUGUUAUACUGGCUGACUGGAAUACACAGGUGUGUGUAAUAACCAAACAUUACAGACGUAAUUUCCCGAGAACAAAGGCAUGGAUUCGUAUCUGGCCGCUGUAGUGUCAUUCUGCUCUUCCAUAAUGGCAAUGACAGCUGUCAGUGAAUAAGGAGUACUUAAUCAAAAUGCUGUACUCUUUUCUAAGGCGACUGUUGUCCCUCUAAAGUUAUGUGUGUAAUGAAGAAACUGCACAACACCCAAUGGUCUGCAUAGGGCUACAAAUACACACAUGUAUACACAUACAAGGGAUAAUGAAAGUUGUCCUUCAUCAUACUUUGUGGUUGUCUGUGACCUCCAGAGGAAUACUUAAGUAAAUUAGGAAAUUUGGCACAGGUGGGAAAUUAUGUGCUGCUUCAACAUGCUCUACACUACUUAAAGCCAGUGGGAAGAGGUCCUAUAUCCCAAUGUUAGUAUGGAACGAAAGCCACGAUUUACAGCUGCAGAGCUAUCUGUAUUAGUAGAUGAGGUGGAGAGGAAUAGGGCAAUCCUUUUCUCCAGGCUCAAAAAUGUGACCAUAAACGCGGACAAGAAACGAGCUUGGGAGGACAUCACAGACAAAAUAAAUUCUGUGGGCCAUGGCUGGAGAUGCACAGCGGUGGAUGUGAGGGGGAAGUGGAGGGACUACGCCAGUGUGACCAAGAGGAAGGCUGCAGGGCUCAGGAGGGAGCAGGAGAGGACUGGUGGUGGGAGCACCAGUCUACCUCCUCUCAUUCCUGGGGAGGAGCGAGUCUUGGCUAUUCUAGGGCCAGAGGCACUUGAGGGAGUCCCAGGAGGCAUAGAUGUCUGUGGUCUACGCACCUCUCAGACAUCAAUGCUUUCUACUCCUCGGUCACCUCCUCCUGGCCCAGCAACAUCUGACCCCUUGCAGUGCAGUCCUCAGGCGUACUCCAUGCCAGGCCCCUCCACAUCUGCCAUGCCUCUGCCAGGCCCCUCCACAUCUGCCAUGCCUCUGCCAGGCGCCUCCACAUCAGGCCCCCUCCGGCGUGGCCAUCACUCCCUUAGGGCUGCAGUUUCCCCUGAGUCCCCUGAAUCCUCUCAGCCUGGGAGCUCACCCACCCCCAUCCAUCCCGCUGCCUCGCCACGGCACACCCGCCGGUGCAGAAAUAUUCGCUGCCGGUGCAGUGAAGAGCUCCUCAGGUCUGAGAGUGAGGAAAAAAUCCAUUCUGAGGGACAUCAGGGAGGAACUGGUGGCCCUGAGGGAACAGAAGGAGAGACACCAUCAGGAGGUGAUGGCCUACCGGAGGGAGAAAUUGGCCUUACUGGCCCAACAGGUCAGCAGACCCAGCGUCACACUGCACCUCCCAACCUCCGACAACACUGAGUGAUCAUGCCUGCCAUGACCGCCAUCCCUUCACCUCCUUUUUUCCCCCCUUGUAAAUAGGCCUGGGUAUCAGGCCUAAAUGCCUCCCACAGCUAGCCACACAGACUAUGUAAUCUUUCUUGGAUAUAUAUGCAGUGUGCAGAAAUUUUUAAAAAUCAAUCAAAUAGUUCAAUAAAUUGAGAAAGAGAAAAGUUUGCGACGAUCCGCUUGUAUGAUCCUCUUGUGUGCCACAAUCCCGAUUGUGACCAGCUGUUUUCUGUUAGUUUGAUUAUUCCGGUGUAUUUAAGUCCACAUCAGAGUCUGUAACCCGAGGUCUGUCAUUGAAGUCUAGUGAAGUCUCAAUAUGUAGUGUUGCCAUUCGUUGCCUGUUCCAUGUCCCUGCUUCCUUGUCAAUUAAAUCCCCCGUUCCCCAAUCCUACGUGUCCUUCACCUGCUUCACCAUCUCGUGCACUGCUACCGGAUGUGACAGACAGAAUGACAGACCUCUCCGAAGACACACUGCAGCACCUUGGUCUGCUGCAAGAGGUAGUGUGUUGGCUGAAUCAGCCCGAGGUCUGUGAGGACCCCGUGGUUUGAGUCUAGCCAGCCGGAGCGGGACCCUCCUGAGUGAGGCACCUCCGCCCGGGAAUGCGUGCCCCAUAUGAGAGGUACAUGAAAAUCUCUGGCGGCUGAUGGAGCGGAUAACAGAGAGGCGGAUCCAGCUGGUCACAAUACCAAGUGGAGAAAGUGUUGACCAGAUGCCCGUCAUCUCCGAAGUGCUCCCAGCUUCGCCACCCCAAGCCGACCGGGUGUAGAAAGAAGAAGAAGCGGAAAGUGCCAACAGUCUUCAUCAGGGCUGUUUCUGUCUCCGCAGCUUCUUUGCCUGCCGGAUAUCGGAAGGAACACCUUCCAAUACUGAAACCAGCUGUUUGCGCCCUAUAUCACCGCUGCAGUUUCACUGCCGCCACCGGCCAUAGCGCAACCUCCAGCAGUAUACCCCUGGAUAGAGACACGCCUGGCGCAUAAAGAGGUCAGGUCAAUUAGGGACGAUAUCCCGCGGAUCCCUAAGGUCCUUAAAGGGGCAGUGCCUGCUACGAGGAACCAAAUCCCAGUUCCAGUCCUGGUGGUCAAGGCUCCUGCUCCUGAUGUUCCUGAUCUAUCUAUGGUUUCUAACCUGCUUGUAGCUCCUGUCCUGCCUGUGCGCGUACAAGUUAUCUUAGGUUGGCGUUCACGGUUCGACUUAUGAGAUUCAGAUCGAGUUCUAGGUCAUUUUUUUUUUUCGAACUGGUUGGUUCGACUUUUAAGAAGUCCUAGUUCUAAUGAGUUUGAGAACUGAGGUACCACUGUAUAUAUAUCACAUCAGUUACAUAGAAAAAACAAAUAGGCAGUUACGUUUUUGAUAAAUAGUAAUGUCAAAUUUCAAUCAUGAUGGAGACUUCAGACUUGACUCGGACUCUAAUUUUGUGACACGUGAACAUCUCUGAACACAGCCAUGACAUAUUGGAGUACAACCUCACUCCUUCUUGUAUGUUAUUGCUUAAUUGUACAUGAGUGGUUCAUGUAAAGUCUUACUGAAAUAUUUUUAUCAAAAGAAAAAUCAAUCAUCCAUAUAUUUUCCCCACCUUAAAAGAGGGCAUAAACAAGUUUACAUUUAGUUUUAGACUGAGGUUUUAAAUCUUUUGAUAUACUGGAACAUCUAGUGGCCCAUUAAAAUUAUCAGUGAACCAAGAUGAACCUCAACCUAGUUAUGGAAAACUGGGUUAUGUUAGGGGAUUAGGGAACAAGCUGAGCAGACCCAAGACCUGUCUUUAAUUUUGACACUCUCGGUUUUGCAGUCACUGCAUAUACAAAACACAAUGACAUAUACAAAAUAAAUUAAACAGUGGUAAAUCACUCUACAGUGUUUAUUUGAAAUACCGUUAGCAAGUUAUCCAUACUUAUGUACUUUUUCCCUGUAAAACAGGAAAGCUAUUCAUUUAUGCCAUAAAAUAGUGUUGUGAUGGGGUGAGCGAGCGAACCGGGAAGCAGGCGAAGCAAGCCGUGAAUGCAGGCAAACGGGGUUUAUUCCGGACAACAGGACAGAGACACCAACAAGCAUCAAUGACGGAUCUGGGGUAACGUACUCAGACGCGGACUAAAUA